CUCAAAAGGAUGGAGAAGUCUCCUGGUCCAGACAAGGUUUAUGGUUUCUGGGUCAAGCGUAUCACGUGUCUUCACACUGAUCUGACUCGUAACUACAACCUGCUAGUUCAGAAUCCAGACUCUGAACCCGACUGGUUGUCUCAAGGAAUAACCACUCUGAUUCCUAAGAAUGACAAGACUGACCAGGCCAAAAAUUACCGGCCUAUCACGUGUCUGUCUGUCUUCUAUAAGACCCUCACCUCAGUCAUCAGGCAGAAGAUUGCAGGGCAUUUGGAUCAGAGAAACCUCAUGGCUCUGGAGCAGAUGGGUUGUCGACAGGGAUCUUUUGGUGCAAAAGAUCAGCUGUUGAUCAACAAGCUGCUUACCGAAGACUGUAGGACCAGACACAGAGCUUGAGCAUGGCUUGGGUGGACUACCAGAAAGCCUAUGACAGCGUGCCACACAGUUGGUUGCUCCAAUGCCUUCAGCUGCAUAAGAUCAGUCCAGUCUUCUGCGGGUUCUUGUCACGUGUGAUGAAGAGUUGGAGGACAUCGAUGGUGCUUUCUUGCAGGAAUAGUACAAUCAAGACAAGGCUUAUGCAGAUCAGGAGGGGUAUUUUCCAAGGUGACUCACUUUCUCCACUUCUCUUCUGUAUGGCACUCAAUCCUCUGAGCAAGGAGCUGAACAGAACCGAUUACGACUACCGGAU